UUUUUCUAGCUCGCGGCGGGGGCGGAGCCCGAUCCCGAGAACGCCCGCCCUGGGGUGUGGGAAGCUGUAGGGACGUCCCCACAAUUUGCAUAGCCCCCGGGACGUGGCGCAGCCCGGGAGCCACUUCCGAGUUGGAGGGAACUGCAAGUCCCAGGACGCCACGGGGCUAAGUGCAUCACUUCUGUUCUGUAGAAGCUGGGAGGCGGCUGUGACUCAGAGUGACCGCUAGGCCCCUGGCGGGGAGUGACUAAGAUAUCCCAAAUGGAUCCUGGUGGUCAGGACCUGCUGGCUUUGGAUCCUGGUGAUCAGGACCUGCUGGGCUUCCUGCUUGAGGAAAGCGGAGAUUUGUGGGCUGCGACUGAGCAGGACGUAGAGGCUCCGCUGGACUUGCAGCUGCCGCCUUCCGAGAACUCCGUGCAAGCACUAAGCGACUGGGAGGUGGAGGAUUUACUGAGCUCUCUGCUCAGUCCCUCUGCAUCGCCGGAUGUUCUCAGCUCUUCCACCUCCUCCAGCUCCUCCGUUCGCCAUGAUCACAACUACUCCCUCCCACAGAACCAUGUCUCCAUAGAUCUAGAUACUGGGAGCUUCAAAAAGGACGGGUUCCAUGUGACUCCACUGCGUGUAGAGGAAACAGCAGCGGAGCAGGAGAUUUCUAGGCUGAUACUGACAGAGGAAGAGAAGAGGCUCUUGGAGAAGGAGGGGCUUACUCUGCCCUCAACACUUCCUCUCACUAAAGUGGAGGAACAAGUUCUCAAACGGGUACGGAGGAAGAUUCGAAACAAGAAAGCAGCUCAAGAAAGCCGCAAAAAGAAGAAGGUGUAUGUCGGGGGGCUUGAGAGCAGGGUCUUGAAAUACACAGCCCAGAAUCAGGAGCUGCAGAACAAAGUGCAACUUCUGGAGGAGCAGAAUCUGUCCCUUCUAGGUCAACUGAGGAAACUUCAGGCCAUGGUGACUGAGAUAGCAAACAAAACUAGCAGUGGCAGCACAUGUGUCCUGGUCCUGCUGUUUUCUUUCUGCCUUCUUCUGUUACCUGCUAUGUACUCCUCUGACACAAGAGGGAGUGUGCCAGCUGAGUAUGUCGUGUUGCACCGCCAGCUUCGUGCCCUCCCCAGUGAGGACCAGCAGCAGCAGAAGCUGCCUGCCCUACAGUCAGAGUUACCAAAGGACAGCACAGACCAGUUGCUGGACAGCUCAGAACAUAUGCUCCUGGCCUCCAACUUUUCCUGCCUACUAUAUCACAUGCCUCAAGCACAGCCGCCCCUGCACUGGCCACUCCUUAAUCUUUCCUCAGAGAUCCCCUUCUCGAGUCCCAACCUUCCUCUGCAAGCAAAUCUUUCAAAAAAUGGGGGAUGGCUGCCUGCCCACUGCCCUUCUUCUGUUACCUUACAGGGCAGGUAUUCAGGUUAGAUGUGACCAUCUGGAGUAUCCUCAGCCUGAGGACUCCUGUCUGUACUCCGAUGGAUAAGAGUAGGGGAAGAGCUGGCCUCUGUUCCUGUGCCCUGUUAGCAUGCCUGGGAACCUGAAUGCACCACACUUACUUAUUUUUAUGGGUCUUUUAUUUAUACCCAUGUUGUCCCAUGAAAAGACUUGGAGAAAUUUA